CUAUUGAGAACAUUCAGUUCUCUUGACUAACCCGCAGUCACACACAACAAGGAAGGAGUUCCUGUGAUUCAGACGUCCGAGCCCGACUCGUCCUCUCGUCUCUGUGAGCUGCACAGUUUACUGUCACCUCCCGGACCAGAAUCCCGAUGUGAGCUUCACCAACGUCGCAACAGAAUCCGCAAGUUUUAGUCUCAGGUGUUUUCGUGACGGCGUCAGAAGUCGUGACAGUUGAGUUUAGUUGUUGGGAGAUUUUAUUCCCCGCUUUUCCUCGAUCGGAGAUGCCUGAGGACAUCGGAACAGCCAAGCCAGGAGGCGUCAUUGCCUAUAUUUCCUCUGGCUCUGCCUCCAGCCCAGAGUCCUGUAUGAGCACCAGCCCCAGCAGCGGCUACCUGUCGACAUCGCCGCCGGUGUCCCGCCCCUCGCUGCCAAGCAGGGCGGUGGGCUUAGUGGUGGAUAUUUCUCCACCAGCCAAGAAUGGCCACCCCCGAAGCCACGGCACGGAGAAGGCUGGUCGCUCCUCCACAUCUGCCAAGAGCAGCAUUACCAAAAUCAACGGCAUGGUGCUGUUGUGCAAGGUGUGCGGUGAUGUGGCCUCUGGCUUCCAUUAUGGCGUCCAUGCCUGUGAGGGCUGCAAGGGCUUCUUCAGGAGAAGCAUCCAGCAGAACAUCCAGUACAAGAAGUGUCUUAAGAUGGAGAACUGCACCAUCAUGAGGAUCAACAGGAACCGCUGCCAGCAGUGUCGGUUCAAGAAGUGUCUGGCUGUUGGCAUGUCCAGAGAUGCUGUCCGAUUUGGCCGCAUACCAAAGCGGGAAAAGCAGAGGAUGCUGCUGGAGAUGCAGAACGCUAUGAACAACAUGAUGAGCAACAACAGCCAGCUGCACAGCAUGCUGCACGGUCACCAGAGCCCGUCACUGCCAAUGGAGACCUUGACCAGCGAUGCCAGCUCGUCGUCCUCCUCUUCCUCCUCCUCUGCUUCCGACUCUCCAUCGUGCUCAAACCCCUCCUCCCCUCAGUGCCCCCAGGACUCGGAGUCCGUGGUGUCCAUGGACACAAACUCCAGCUCUGCCUCCUCCUGCGGCUCAGACAGCGGCGAGGACGAGGCCGUCGUCUCGGUGAGCAGGCAGCACCAAGAUGCCUUCGCCUUCAGCCAGCAGGGCCAGACCUCGCCCUCGCCAGUCGCCCAGGAGACGGGGAGCAACAGUCACAUGGAGGAGCAGCAGGAGAGCUGGAACUGCUGGAACAACAACAUGGUUGUUAGAGGUUAUCAGCACAGUUCUUACAGUCACAGCCAACAGGUCUCCAACACUGCUUACAGGGAGGAGAGGGGAGUUUACCAGCAGCAGCAGAAGCCUCAACAGCAGCUCACCAGCACCCCUAGCUGUGAACCAUCAGAAGACAGCCAAAGACAGCAUGAAUUUAACACACUAACUGCCUCAAGUGGUUACAAUGGACCAACCAACUGCGUGAACAAUAGAGCACACUUGGUCUGUCCGAUGAACACCUCACCGUACGUGGACCCCCACAAGCCAAGCCAGGAGAUCUGGGAGGAGUUCUCCAUGAGCUUCACCCCCGCCGUGCGUGAGGUGGUCGACUUCGCCAAGAGGAUCCCAGGAUUCCGCGACCUCCCGGAGCACGAUCAAGUCAGCCUGCUGAAAGCUGGAACUUUUGAGGUGCUUAUGGUCCGAUUCGCCUCUCUGUUCAACGUGGUCGAGCGGACAGUGACCUUCCUGAGCGGCAAGCGCUACAGCCUCGACACGCUACGGUCGCUGGGCGCCGGCGAGCUGCUCAACUCCAUGUGCGAAUUCAGUGAGAAGCUGGCAGCACUGCGUCUUGACCAGGAUGAGAUGAGCCUCUUCACUGCCGUGGUGCUCGUUUCAGCUGAUCGCUCAGGGAUCCAGGACCUGAACUCAGUGGAGGCCCUGCAGGACAAACUGAUCCGGGCCCUGAGAAACCUGAUAGUUCAGAACCACGGCGAGGAGUCGUCCACCACCUUCACCAAGCUGCUUCUCAAGCUUCCCGAGUUGCGUUCACUCAACAACAUGCACUCUGAGGAGCUGCUCUCCUUCAAAGUUCACCCUUGAAAGCUUCCUGAGGGGCUGCGUCUGCGCCCUCCACCUUAAUCCACACACCUCCACCUCCACCAGGACCUGCCUCUUACUGCCCCGCCGUCUCUGUACACGACCAACCCAUUUGUGUGUUUGUUUCUAGAAUGUACUGAAAGUUAUUUUUUAUUCUAUUUUUGUUAAAGUAGACCAUGUGGGGUCGGAAGAGAGAAGAAUAUGAAACUGUACUGUAUUUAUAGAAAAGGUAGCUUAACGCUUGUUGCACACAAACACACGCAAGUGCACGUGUGUCCGAGGUUCUUAGUUUUGGAGGCACUUUUCUAUUUUGAGAGAAAGAAGAUUACUUAACUGGCAUUAUUAAAUGAAAAGCAGUAGAAACCAAUUAGUUGAUCCAAAAGCCAUUUAAUUCCAAAGUGUAUUCUCUGAGUGGGUGAUUGUGAGAGUCAGUAUAUACCGUACAUACCGCAUGUUCGUUUGGUCCAAUAUUUUUGACUGAUGAGUCCGAGAAAGGCAAGCUAUCAGAAAAUGUAUUGAAGAAUGUGUGACGAUCGCUGCUAAUGCAUGGCUGUACUUAAUGCGAACAAUUAUUACUUGGAUCUUCUCCCCUUGCCUCAAGAUGCAUCAGUUCAUUGUUUCAGCAUGUAGUGUUGUAUUUUUUCUUUUUAUUUAAGUUGUUUUUCAAUGUGUUUCAAGUCCAUGUCAAGCCACGCCUGCACGCUGACCGGAGUUUUUUUGGGGAGAGUCGAUGACACAGUUUUUCAGCAACACUACAUUUGCACAUGUUCUGGUGCGGGGAAAAAAAAAAACAUGUAACAGAAGAUCCACAAGUGGUGUGAUGCCAUGUAAAGGCUACAUGCAACCGAGUCACACACACACACACACUCAAGUGUUUUUGCUGUUUUCCUACUUUCUGGUUUUUAUGACUUUUUUUUUUUUAAUCAGACUUUGUGUGCUUUCAGCAUAGCACUGAAUUGACACUUGUUUUUGUUAUCCUUUUUGUCAAAAUAUCAUUUUCUUUGACUGGCAACACAGCCAUUUGUAAAUAACUAUAUAAAUAUAUAUAUAAAUAUGAAUAUAUGAUGGACAUAGAAUAUAAAUAUGGUAUGGUAUGAAUAAAUACAAGUAAAGAAGA